AUGUGGGGAGGGGGCUGGCUUCUGGGUGUAGACCAGUUGGCUCCUCAGGACAUAAGCCUGGAGGAGUUUGAUGAUGAAGAUUUGUCUGAAAUCACUGAUGACUGUGGCCUGGGCCUCAGCUACGACUCGGACCACUGUGAGAAGGACAGCUUCUCCCUGGGGCGCUCGGAGCAGCCACACCCCAUCUGCUCCUUCCAGGAUGACUUCCAGGAGUUUGAGAUGAUCGAUGACAAUGAGGAGGAGGAGGAGGAGGAGCAGGAGGAGGAGGAGGAGGAGGGAAACGGGGAGGAAGGAGGCUUCCAGGACUCCAAUGCUUCUGUCUCUGAGACCCUGAUCCCCUGCCCUUCCUCCAAUGAGCCCCACAAGCACCGGCCCACCACACUCCAUCUGACUGCCCUGGGAGCCCAGGACUCCCUGAACAACAAUGGGGCCCUCAACCCUGCUUCCAUAGCCUCCUGGCCAGAGACCCUGCGUUCCCCGCCCCAGGAACCCCUCCCAGAGCCCCUCGGCGGCGGCAGCGCCCUCCCGCCUACGGACACGGGUCCCCGCAGGGCCCAGUCCCCUGCCUGCGCAGGCUGGGACAGCGAGGGGAACCGGCCCGCGGCGCCUGGCGGGGCCUCGCCCUCCUCGGACCCGGGCAUCGAGGCCGACCUGCGGAGCGGCUCCAGUGGGGGCCGCGGCGGUCGGCGGAGCAGCCAGGAGCUGUCCACGCCCGGCUCGGACUCGGAGGAUGCGGGCGGCGCGCGCCUGGGCCGCAUGAUCUCGUCCAUCUCCGAGACGGAGCUGGAGCUGAGCAGCGACGGCGGGGGCAGCAGCAGCAGCGGCCGCUCGUGGCAUCUCACCAACUCCAUUGAGGAGGCCUCGUCGCCCGAGGCCGAGCCCGAGGCCGAGCCCGAGCCGCCGCGCCGGCCCGCCUUCCUGCCCGUGGGCCCCGACGACACCAACAGCGAGUACGAGUCAGGGUCCGAGUCGGAGCCUGACCUCAGCGAGGACGCCGACUCGCCCUGGCUGCUCAGCAACUUGGUGAGCCGCAUGAUCUCCCAGGGCUCCUCGCCCAUCCGCUGCCCCGGCCAGUGCCUGUCGCCGCGGCCGCCCGGGGAGCCCCACACGCAGCUGGAGCUGGUGAGCCUGCGGCGCUGCGCCGGCCUGGGCCAGGCCAGCGAGGAGGACAGCGACAGCGAGGCCAGCGAGGAGGAGGUGGGCCCUGGGCUGCUGGGCAGCAGCGGCAGCGGAGAUCUUGAAGAUGCCUCCCCGGACAGCCCAGACCUCACCUUCUCCAAGAAGUUUCUCAAUGUCUUUGUCAACAGCACUUCUCGGUCCUCCAGCACUGAGUCCUUCGGACUUUUCUCCUGCCUGGUGAAUGGGGAGGAGCGAGAGCAGACCCACCGCGCGGUGUUCAGGUUCAUCCCUCGCCAUCCGGACGAGCUGGAGCUGGACGUGGACGACCCAGUGUUAGUGGAGGCCGAGGAGGAUGACUUCUGGUCCCGCGGCUUCAACAUGCGGACGGGAGCUUGGGGGAUCUUUCCCGCCUUCUACGCUCAUGCGGUGCCGGGCCCUGCCAAGGAUCUCAUGGGGAGCAAGCGGAGCCCCUGCUGGGUGGACCGAUUUGAUGUGCAGUUCCUGGGCUCUGUGGAAGUACCUUGUCACCAAGGCAAUGGCAUCCUGUGUGCGGCCAUGCAAAAGAUUGCCACGGCCCGGAAGCUGACUGUGCACCUGCGUCCUCCUGCGUCCUGUGACCUCGAGAUCUCUCUUCGGGGGGUCAAGCUGAGUCUGAGUGGUGGGGGUCCUGAGUUUGAGCGCUGCAGUCACUUCUUCCAGAUGAAGAACAUCUCAUUCUGUGGCUGCCACCCCCGCAACAGCUGCUACUUCGGCUUCAUCACCAAGCACCCCCUGCUGAGCCGCUUCGCUUGCCACGUGUUCGUCUCCCAGGAGUCCAUGCGGCCAGUGGCGCAGAGUGUGGGCCGCGCCUUCCUGGAGUACUACCAAGAGCACCUGGAGUAUGCCUGUCCCACCGAAGACAUUUACCUGGAGUAGCUGCGCCCCUACUUGCUCUGCCUGCCUAACCUACUCCAGGCGCAGCAGCGCUGGAGGGGUGGGUGGGUAGGGGUGUGUGUGGUGUCACAGGCCAGGAGGCUUCAGCAAGGACUAAAUUAGGGGCGUGAAUUUAGGGGCCCUAAUGUUUGCAGGGAAACCAAGAACUCCUCCCUCCUCCUUGUUCCCCAGACAGGGCCUGUGGGGGCUAUAGGAGAGAGGGCCCCCAGCCCACUCUUUCUUCCCCUCUGACACAGCCUUCCUUGGUGUCACCCUGUCCUCGUCUGCCCCUUGAUCUCUGACCCCCGUUUUUUCCUGCGUCCAUCUGGCCCCUCUCUGUGCCUGCCCUCUUCGACUUGGGCCCAGACAAGGAGGUGAGGGAAGGUGAGGCUUCCAACUGAACCAUUGCCCCCCAUCAUUUAUAAAGAAAUUUUAAUUUUUAUAGACUCUGGGGGCCCUCCUGCCCUUGAUCACAGAGACAGAGAGGCCCCCUACUGCCCCACCCGGAGCUCAGGGACCGCAGAGAGGGUCCCCAGGAGAGCCUUGGGGCCUAGAAGAGGCUCUCAGAGGAGGGUGCCCUGGGCCUGUCCGCUUUGCGCUGCUAACACCCCGGUCCUAUGCACCUGUAUCUGCUCCUAUGCUGUACGUGGGCCCCCCACUCCAGCCUCAAUAAACUCCUCUUGGUGUGA